AUGGCUUUUAUAACACCAAAAGCCACAUGCUUCAAGCAUCUUCAUCGAUCGUCGACGUAUUUCCUCAUUGAGCAUAAUGCGGGCAAUGCGGAUAUGGGCUCUGGAGAUCAAGAGGCAUUCUGCCAGGCUGUAAACAGGUCGCGUUCAUCGAAGCUGGAAGCGCCACAUCCGGAUCUGGAAAUAGGUGAUUCUCUUUCUUGCACUGCCACACCUGGUAUCAAGCCCGAAGAAGAAAAUGCAGUUUCAGAACUGGCUCGAGCUGCACACGUGCGUCAAGUCAGGCGUCUCACUCGCUGGGACAUCACCUCUCCUGAAAGUUUCGAUGAGCAACUCCCAGAGAGCUGA